CCAGAGGGGCGGGGCUCCGCGCGCGCACGUUCGCUGCCUGGCUCGCCCGCGCGGUCGGUCGGAGCGGCCUGAGGCCCAUGUGGAUCGACGGCGGAAGUCGCCCAACCGCCAGCCCCGAGUCGAGGUCUCCGGCCCCCGGCAGCUAUGAAGGGUAGCCGGAUCGAACUGGGUGAUGUGACGCCACACAACAUUAAACAACUGAAGAGAUUAAAUCAAGUCAUCUUUCCUGUCAGCUACAACGACAAAUUCUACAAGGAUGUAUUAGAAGUUGGCGAGCUCGCCAAAUUGGCCUAUUUCAAUGAUAUUGCAGUGGGUGCAGUUUGCUGUAGAGUAGAUCAUUCUCAGAAUCAGAAAAGACUGUACAUCAUGACACUUGGAUGUCUGGCCCCUUAUCGAAGAUUGGGAAUAGGAACUAAAAUGUUGAAUCAUGUGUUAAACAUCUGUGAAAAAGAUGGCACCUUUGACAAUAUCUAUCUACAUGUCCAGAUUAGCAAUGAAUCAGCAAUUGACUUCUACAGAAAAUUUGGGUUUGAGAUCAUUGAAACGAAGAAGAACUACUACAAGAGGAUAGAGCCAGCAGAUGCUCAUGUGUUGCAGAAAAAUCUCAAAGUCUCUUGUCUUGGCCAGAACACAGAUGUGCAAAAGUCUGACAACUGAACAAAACGGAAUGAACGCUUUCUUGCACUUUCUUAGCACCAAAUAAGGAAAGAGAGGCCUGAUGUUUUUGGUUUUUUCCAUUAUCCUAAUAUGUCCUGUAUCCUCUCCAACAAAUUAAUAUGUUCCCAAGGAUUGUCAAAUUGUGUGUUUUGCAUUUGAUAGCUGCUCUUUGCAUUCUUUGGGAUGGAAAUAAACAGUUCUAGCUGGGAGGGUCUUCUGUUAAUUUUCCAAAGGUCAGCUUUUCUUCAGUGCAUGUGAUUCUCAUGCAUUUUCAUUGAAGAGGAAAAUAUAAGCAAUACCUUGUGUCCAGGCUCCUAAUACCAUACUACAACUUUUUUAAAAUGGAGGCUGUUUCUCUCCUUUUGCGAACUUGGUUUAGUGGCUUUUUGCCUUUACUUUUUUGACCAUGCAUCCAACAGUCAAUCAGCUGAUUCACAGCUUUUGAACUGCCAUUUCUCCAUUGAGACAAAGUAGCUGACAAGAUUCAUCUUUCUGAUUUGUCAGCAUUGUAAUUUUCCACCCCUUGGCUCAUUGUUCCUUGACUGGUGUAAGAGAGGAUUCAAAGUAGUUCAGCAUCGUCUCCAACUUCUAUUCAUUAUAGUUUUCCACUGGCAACAGAACACACCUUGGCUCUGGCAACAGUGGAGUAAGGCAAGCGGUUAAGAUUACUAAAGAACCUCAGUUUGUGUUUCUUUAAAAUUGUGGGGCGGGGGUGGGUGUGGGGAGAUUUGCCCUGGAAAUGGCUCUGUUGGUUUGGACUGUUUGCUUGCUUGCUAAGUCUGUUCUCUGCUUAUUAAAAAAAAGACGGUUAAAACUUCCUUUAUCUACAUUUUACAAGACUUGGCAAUAUAUUCUGGGGGAAUGUUACGGAAUAACAGAAUGAAGGGUUGGUGGGACAUUGUAAAGGUUCAGAAAAGACCAGGCCUUCUAAUAUUGUAAUGUAAGAACUGUAGCCUACUUUAUUGAGCUCUUGCUUUGUGUUUUGUUAUGCUUUUGUUGGCAAUUUCAUUUUGCGCUUUUAGCAUUCAUUACAAUGAUACCAGCUUAACUUUACAAUUCUUCUUUUCAUCUGGGGAAAUGUACAUGGGGAGAUUUGGGAGGAACCUGCCCCAUCACCUGAAUCAAUAUUAAACUGUAACUCUUUCCUGGUUUUGAA